UGCUCUUCUAAACAAAAAAGUUGCAUGGUCGCUGCCGAACAGAAGAGUGUGCAUUUAUGAAAUUAAAUUCUCGAUAAUUAGUUUAUUAAUUGUACUAGUUAUCGAUUAUACACAAUGUUAACUCUGAAGGGAACAAUGCUAAGUCGUCUCGUAUCCCAAUCAGCUUUGAUGAUCAACGCCCGUUUGCUGCAUAUUUCCGCGGUGGAUCUGGCAGCUCGUAAAGGUACUCGAGAAAAGGCACGUAAGGCAAAGGUGAAAAAAGUAGUGGAGAAAAUCGGUUUUAUUCGACAUGACAUGAGAAAUAAGGGAAAAUUGAACUUGAAACAAGUCAACAAGCACAUUGACGAUAGCUGGAAGCAGGUUCCCACUGAUAAUUGCUGGGUAAGCAAAUACUACAAAUGGAGAGUGUAUACCGUCGAAGAAGCUAUCAAAUGCCAUCGAGAGACGCAUCACCCGACCAUGUACAAUGUACCGAAUGCACCGCUCUACGCCCACAUAGAAUUGAAUAUGCAAGCGGAAAAGAUCACUCGUUUCGUGGAUAAUUUUCAGAGAAUGGUUGCCAUUCCACACAGGUUCGAACACAACGAGAAUCGAAACAUUAUUGUUUUCGCCAAAGGUCAAGACGUCUUGAAAGAAGCGACUGAUGCUGGUGCUACUCUUGUCGGUGGAGUAGAAUUAAUCAAGGAAAUCCAAAACGGUGAUCUGCAGCUUACAGAAUACCCGUUCGUACUGGCCCAUCCAAAUAUUCUGCCAGAUUUAGUCGUCAUCCGAGGCUUACUGAAAAAGAGCAAGUUCCCAAACCCCCGGCAGGGCACCCUUGGUGUUAAUAUACCGGAAAUGAUUGAAAGAUUUUCGCAUGGAAUUCAAUAUUCAGCGACGAAGGACGAAAAUCAAAAAGAUUUUGGUUCCAUAGUAGCCUGCUUAGGUACGCUUGAGAUGGAAGAUAAGCACUUGGAACAGAAUCUGUCAACGCUGCUGCUGGAUGUGGAUUCGAUGCGACCGAAACGCGAAGGUAAGUUUAUCACACGAGUUCUUCUGAAGAGUCCGCCCUCUGGAGAAACACUGAAAAUUGAUCCGUUCCUGUAUGUGCCGGAGGAAGGAAAAGCUGCCCCGAAGAAGGGUUCUGCGGCUGAAGAGGCCGCCGAAGAGUCCGAUGAGGAGGAUGAGCAAAAGUCGGCUGCAGUGAGCAAUUGAAGCUGGAUAGCGAGGCAAUAGUAAACAGAAUCAUUCAUGCAAAAA